AUGUCGUUAUUGCCGUCAGGCUCCCAUCUUCAGUACGGUUCGGCCAUUCCAACUACAACCCAUCCGAACCCCGGUCAAACCUACGGCGCAUAUCUGGUACCACCCAGCUUGAUCGCAAUGGCCAAAUCCCCCGUUCAAGCGGCCCAGCAAGUAAGGCCGCAGAAUGAGGGGCAACAAGUUCCACGGGCAGUCGUGGCCCAGCAUGAAGCGCCCCCUCAGGAUCCUCCGACCGAAGACGCUCGACGCAAGACCAAGGACGACUCAACCCAGAGACGGCCGGGGGCAGCGAAUUAUACUGAGCUGUACCCACUCGGAAAGACCAGGAGUUGGCGCGACUUGCUCUCAAGGACUUCUUGGGCACGCCGCACAUCAAAGCACUCCAUGAGCACAUUUCCCUAUAUCUUGACCUACGGCCACGACAUUCAUAAACUAAUAAAGCUAGAGGUUUGA